GCGACAUUGUUUUGAAUAAAUUUUUAAAUUUACUAAAUACAAAAUGAUUAAUCGGGAAUUACACUAGAACUCAAUACCUUCAAGAAGAUGACCGACCAAAUCGAAGAAUUGGAAAGCUCUGAACUGGGCACGAAAGACUAUUGGGAAUCGAGCUACGAAACGGAAAUACAAAACUACCGGGACCAUGGCGAUGUAGGGGAGGUUUGGUUCGAUGAGGACAGUCAACUACGCAUUAUACGAUGGAUCGAAAGGCAGGAGGAUAGACUUCAACAGGAUGAUUCCUUUAUUGACUUGGGAUGCGGAAAUGGCAUGAUGCUGAUCGAAAUGGCACGCGAAGGAUAUUCGAAUCUUACCGGUGUGGACUAUUCGCCAAAAGCGAUAGAAUUGGCCCAGUCGAUAAGCACAGAUCAAGAACUAGAAAUUACCUACAAGGUGGUGGAUCUACUCAGCGAGCCAGAAGUGGCAUCUUUGGGCAAGUUCAAAGUGGUUCACGAUAAAGGAACUUAUGAUGCAGUUAGCUUACAUCCAGAUGAUUCCAAAAGGAUGCGAACAACGUACAUAAAAAGCGUUUUGCAACUCUUACAAGACGACGGGCUGUUUAUUCUUACUUCCUGCAAUUGGACACAACCUGAGUUGGUCAAAAGUUUCGUAGAGGUAUUCGAUUUGCACGUGGUCAUCCCAACGCCUUCGUUCAAAUUCGGCGGAGCUGUGGGGAAUGUCGUUACUUCGGUUGUAUUCGUUAAGAAGGCUGUCAAAUAAAGCUUUAUUUCAAUCAUA